AUGCCACACAAAGUGAACGACUCCAAUUCAACACUAGCCAGCAGAGGCAGCAACAACGAUCAGGUGGUGGCCACCGAAGUCCGGAGUCUGAGUAUGUCAAGUGCAUCACAUCCCUGUCCCGAUCUCCAGAUUCAGCCCGAGCUAAUGCAGACCCCAGCAACCAAUCCCGUCCGCAAACCUCCGGUGAUCGUUCACAACAAGGGCGGCCGAAUCUACGAUGAGACGCGGCCAUCUGACUGGGACAAACAACGCUGGAAGUAG